ACGGGGAAUCUGGGAAAGAGAUGCUCCUUGUCCCCACUUUCCAUAGAAGGUGGAGGGAGGAGGGAGACAUGGAAGGAGGGGAGAGGAAGAGGAGGGGAUGCUGCUGCUGCUGCUGCUACUACUGCUGGGCUCCUGUCUAUUGCUGAACCAGGGAGAAGGAAGAAGAGAUUGCUGGGGGCAUCGAUGGACCCUGUGCUGGCCAUGAAGCCUGCGUCUAUGACGAGUGGUACCCUGCUCCUACUGUCAGUCUAUACCAUCCUGUCCAAGGUGCACUCCGACCGCAACGUCUAUCCCUCCUCCGGGGUUCUGUUUGUCCACGUUCUGGAGAGAGAAUACUACAAAGGGGAAUUCCCGCCCUACCCAAAACCAGGGGAGCUCAGCAAUGAUCCAAUCACCUUUAACACAAAUUUAAUGGGCUAUCCUGACCGACCGGGUUGGCUGCGCUACAUUCAGCGGACCCCGUACAGUGAUGGCGUACUGUAUGGAUCUCCAACCUUUGAGAAUGUGGGAAAACCAACCAUUAUUGAGAUAACUGCAUAUAACAGGAGGACAUUUGAGAUUUGCCCAUGCAAAGUCUUCUCUGUAUGUCUUAUAACAGAUUUUCCUCUCCCAUACCAAGCGGAAUUCUUUAUUAAAAACAUGAAUGUGGAGGAGAUGCUGGCCAGCGAGGUUCUGGGGGAUUUCCUCGGAGCGGUGAAAAAUGUUUGGCAGCCCGACCGCCUGAACGCAAUAAACAUCACCUCUGCGCUGGACAGGGGGGGCCGAGUGCCUCUACCCAUCAAUGACAUGAAGGAGGGGGUCUACGUCAUGGUUGGAGCAGAUGUCCCAUUCUCUUCGUGUCUUCGGGAGGUGGAGAACCCUCAGAACCAGCUGAGGUGCAGCCAAGAGAUGGAGCCAGUCAUCAGCUGUGAUAAAAAGUUCCGAGCUCAGUUCCACAUAGACUGGUGCAAAAUAUCACUGGUGGACAGAACAAAACAAGUGGUGAUCACGCAGGAAGUGGUGCGCGGAGAAGGGAUCUUGCCGGACGUCGGGGAGUAUAAGCCACCAUCAGAGUCCCUGAAGGCCCGGGAUUUUACUAUGUAGACUUCCUCAUCACCCUGGCUGUGCCUUCUGCCGUGGCUCUGGUGCUGUUUGCCAUCCUCGGCUACAUCAUGUGCUGCCGGAGAGAAGGAAUGGAAAAGAGAAACAUGCAAACACCAGACAUUCAGCUUGUUCACCACGGCGCCAUCCAGAAAUCAUCCAAAGAACUUCGUGACAUGUCGAAAAACAGGGAGAUUGCCUGGCCUUUGUCCACGCUUCCAGUUUUCCAUCCUGUGACUGGCGAAAUGGUGCCGCCCCUUCACACAGAUACCUACGAUAACACCAACAUGCCACUAAUGCAAACACAGCAGACAAUACCACAUCAGACAGCAAUACCUCAGCAACACAAUCCAGGUCAGUGG